AUGCAACUCACCGCUCUCUUCACUUUCCUCCUCCUUGGAGCUGCUUCCGCCAACCCCGUCCUCGAGGCUCGCCAGAAGGAUGGCGAGUGCACUGAGAAGUACAACUGCUGUUACUCGUCGAGGGAUGCAUGCAACAGGCAGCUUGGUGGUUGGGCCAACUUCCUGACUGCCCAGAUGUACUGCCCUCUGCACAAGUACUGCAUCGACUACGGUAUCACCCGCAAGCAAUGCAACGCCGACUGCUGCGACAUCAAGACCGGUUGGGGUCGUGGCUGCCCCGGCAAAUAA